AUGCCUGGUGCUGAUUUGGGCUGUGCUUGCAGGUACGUGAACACCCUCCUGAAGCUCAUCCCACCUGUGCUGGGGCUCCAGGAGCAGCUGCGCCAGGCGGUCCAGAGCGGGGACAUGGAGACGUCGCACGGGAUCUGCCGCAUCGCUGUGGCCUUGGGGGAGAACCACUCCCGGGCUCUCCUGGACCAGGUGGAGCACUGGCAGAGCUUCCUGGCCCUGGUCAACAUGAUCAUGUUCUGCACUGGCAUCCCUGGGCACUACCCGGUCAAUGAAACCACCAGCUCCUUGACGCUUACUUUCUGGUACACAUUGCAGGAUGACAUCCUCUCCUUUGAGCCAGACAAGCAGGCGGUGUACCAGCAGGUCUACAGGCCUGUCUACUUCCAGCUGGUGGAUGUGCUGCUGCACAAAGCCCAGUUCCCCUCUGAUGAGGAGUAUGGCUUCUGGUCUUCGGAUGAGAAGGAGCAGUUUCGGAUAUACAGGGUGGACAUCUCUGACACGCUGAUGUAUGUGUAUGAGAUGCUGGGCGCUGAGCUCCUGAGCAGCCUCUAUGACAAACUGGGACGUCUCCUGACCAACACAGAGCAGCCGUCCUCGUGGCAGCACACGGAGGCCUUGCUCUACGGCUUCCAGUCCAUUGCCGAGACCAUCGACGUGAACUACUCAGACGUGGUGCCAGGGCUGAUCGGCCUCAUUCCCCGGAUCAGCAUCAGCAAUGUGCAGCUCGCCGACACCGUCAUGUUCACUAUCGGGGCCCUGUCGGAGUGGCUGGCUGAUCACCCCGUCAUGAUCAACAACGUGUUGCCGCUGGUGCUCCAAGCCUUGGGCAACCCUGAGCUCUCUAUCUCCAGCGUCUCCACCCUGAAGAAGAUCUGCCGGGAGUGCAAGUACGACCUGCCACCCUAUGCUGCCAACAUUGUCGCCGUGUCACAGGUAGUGUUGAUGAAGCAGAUUCACAAGACGAGCCAGUGCAUGUGGCUGAUGCAGGCCCUUGGUUUCCUGCUCUCUGCACUGCAAGUGGAGGAGAUCUUGAAGAACUUGCACUCCCUGAUCACCCCUUACAUCCAGCAGCUGGAAAAGCUGGCUGACGAAACGCCCAAUCCCUCCAACAAGCUGGCCAUCAUCCACAUCCUGGGCCUGCUCUCCAAUCUCUUCACCACUCUAGACAUCAGUCACCACGAUGAUGACCAUGAAAGCACCGAGGUCAAGAAAAUGCCAGUGCAGCAAGGACCCAACCCAGUGGUGGUGGUUCUGCAGCAAGUCUUCCAGCUCAUACAGAAGGUUCUCAGCAAGUGGCUGAAUGAUGCCCAGGUGGUGGAGUCUGUCUGUGCCAUCUUUGAGAAGUCUGUGAAGACCCUCCUGGAUGAUUUUGCCCCCAUGGUACCUCAGCUGUGCGAGAUGCUGGGGCAGAUGUACAGCACCAUCCCCCAGGCUUCCGCCAUCGACCUCACCCGGCAGCUGGUUCACAUCUUCGCCCACGAGCCUGCCCACUUCCCUCCCAUCAAGGCUCUCUUCUUGCUCGUUACCUCAGUCACGCUGACCCUCUUCCAGCAAGGGCCCAGGGAUCAUCCUGAUAUUGUUGAUUCAUUUAUGCAACUCCUGGCACAGGCUCUGAAAAGGAAGCCAGACCUCUUCCUGUGUAGCAACCUGGAUGUCAAAGCAGUGUUUCAGUGCGGUGUCCUUUCGCUCAAGUUCCCCGAGGCCCCAACAGUCAAAGCAUCCUGCGGCUUUUUU